AUGGACUUUGGCGACGAUUCUCGCACCGGCUCCGCGCGCGACGAUGGCGAUGGCGGCACGCUGAGCAAGCAGCUCGGCAACAAGGGCGAUUCCGCGUCCUUGGCCUCGCUCACGAGUACCCUUCUGCCCGUGCUCAUCUACUCAGCCGUGUGCCUCAUCAUAUUCUGGUUCUUCCGCAGAAAAGUGCAACGGGUGUACUCACCGCGGUCCAUCCUGCACAGCCUGUUUGCAGAGGAGCGAAGUCCACCUCUUCCGCAAGGAUGGUUUAACUGGCUGAAACCCUUCUGGAAGCAAGGCGACGACUUUGUUCUGAACCAUUCAUCAUUGGAUGCCUUCCUGUUCUUACGAUACCUCAAGGUGCUUUCACUCAUCUGCUUCGUCGGUUGCUGCAUCGUCUGGCCUGUGCUCAUGCCUCUGCAUGCAACUGGUGGAAAUGGCCUGACAGAGCUGGAGCGCGUGACGAUCGGCAAUGUCAGCGAUCCGAACACAUUCUUCGCUCAUGUUGCCGUCGCAUGGGUCUUCUUUGGUAUUGUCCUCUGUUCUUAUCGCGAUGCUGCGCGCCUUCGUAAGGUCUUUGGUGACUCGGUGAAGCAUGUUUGGAUCCUUCGAGACACUAUCGAUCUCGAGCACCUCGUCGAUGAGCGCACCAAGACCGCCACCCGCCUAGAGAGGGCUGAGAUCCAACUCAUCAAAAUGGCAGAUCGCGCAAGAAGGCGCGGUGAGCGCGCCGCACCCGCACUGCCGGAGCACCUGCUUCCGCCGAGCGACUCGCCUCACCAUCCCGCGGCAGCCAUACCUGUGUCGCUCUCCGACGCAUCGCGACCCUCCUCACCCUCAACAUCCACGACGCCACUCCCAGCUGGCACGUCUUCGGCGCCUCCGUCACCGAAGCUUUCUGAAGAUCCAGAGAAGCACGCCGGCUUCCCUCAAACACUUCCCGACGUCAAUGGCUCUGUUGCCGGGCAAUGGAUCCCGGCCGACAAGCGACCCCGCCAUAGACCCCUUGGAAACUUCCUCCGUAGCGUCGACACCAUCAAGUGGACGAGACGCCGCCUCAAGGCGCUGAACCCUGCCAUUGCCAAGCUGCGGCGCAGACUUCACCGCGGCACCGAGGGCAGGCCAUUGGAGUCGGUCUUUAUCGAGUUCGCCACGCAGUCCGACGCUCAGCGCGCAUACCAGACGCUGGCCCACGAUAAACCCAUGUUCAUGUCGCCACGCUUCAUCGGCAUCCGGCCUGACGAGAUCGUUUGGGACUCUUUGCGCAUGAACUGGUUCGCUCGUAUGGCGCGACGCUUCGCCAUGCUGGCGGCGAUUGUAGCUGCCAUCAUCUUCUGGUCCAUUCCAUCGGCCUUGAUCGGAACAUUGACCAACAUUGAAAAGCUGAGCCAGAUGGUCUUCUUUUUGGAGUGGAUCAUGCUACUCCCGAAGGUCGUUCUCGGGGUCAUCCAGGGUCUACUGCCUGCGUUGGCGCUGUCGUUACUGAUGGCCAUCGUGCCAUGGAUUUUGAGAGGUUGCGCUCGCGUCGCUGGCGAACCUUCGCUAUCCGAUAUUGAGCUCUACGUGCAGAGCUUUUACUUCGGCUUCCAGGUGGUCCAGGUCUUUCUCGUCACGACCUUGACGUCGGCCGCGUCCGCAGCCUUCAGCCAAAUCCUCAAAGACCCCCUCAGCGCGAAAGACCUGCUGUCCGAAAACCUCCCGAAAGCGUCCAACUUUUACCUCUCCUACAUCCUCAUCCAGUGCCUUGCCGUUGGCGCUGGCAACCUCCUUCGUCUCUACGAUCUCCUUCGCCAUGGCAUCAUGGCGCGCUUCGUCCAGAACCCCCGCGUGAAGUGGCGCGUCUGGAAGAGGGUGCGUCCUGUCCACUGGGGAGGGUGGUUUCCCGUCUUUACCAACAUGGGAGUCAUCGCGAUCAGUUACUCCUGCAUUGCGCCAGUCGUUCUCGGCUUUGCCUCUGUCGGCAUGUACGUCAUCUACCUCGUCAGCAAGUACAAUCUGCUGUUUGUCGAGGAUUCAUCCAUCGACACCCGUGGUCUUUGCUACCCACGGGCUCUCAAGCAUCUCCUGUUCGGCCUCUACCUCUCCGAGAUCUGCUUGGUCGGCCUCUUCGUCCUCCGCUCCGCCUUUUACCCUAUGAUCUUUAUGAUCAUCUUCCUCAUCUUCACUGCGCUCUUCCAUUACAGCCUGAGCGAGGCCCUAGCCCCUCUGCUGGCCAACCUCCCGCGCACUCUUGCGCUCGAGAUCGAGGAGCUCAGCAGGACCGACGACUUCCCUUCCCCUGGUCUGUCCGACAUCGGAGUGGCCGACUCUUCUCCGCACAUCUUCGGUCAAGACGGCGACGAAGACGAAGAAGACGACGGUCCUGAACACGUCACUCUGGGCAACCGAGGGGGUUCCAAUCCAGGUCUCGAAGGCAGCGCCUCGCUGGGCAGGACGUUCGCCAAAGUCUCGUGGAACGCGUACGUCAAGGCCGUCACAGCCCAGCUCCACAAGAUCGGCCUCGGGCCGGUCCUCGAGCGCAUCGACGCCAUUAUCAGGCCAGAAUACAGCCCGACUCCGAAUCCGAUCAUGCGGUUCCUGCACCCUUCGACGUUCGACUCGUUCGCGCACCUGCGUGAACUGAUCCCCAAGGAUCUUCCAGACCCAACAUCGACAUACCCCGAAGACUACGUCUUCAAGACAUAUUACCCGCCCGAGAUGUGGGAGCCCGCACCGAAGCUGUGGAUCCCCAAAGAUGAGGGCGGCGUCAGCGCGCAAGAGGUGGAGCAUUGCGCACGGUACGGCAAGGUCGAGGCCACUGACGAGGGUGCCUGGCUGCAGGAGGAUGGGAAAGUUGGGUGUGAGGUCGAGCAGGCACCAUUCUGGGAGGAGAGGGUGCUCUAUUGA